AUGCGCCUGGACAAGGGCUUUAUCGAUCUGGGCAUGCUGACCCGGGUUCUAGACUCGCACCCGCCGGUGCCGGAGGACGCCGAUCGGCGGCUCCAAAACCGUCUCCUUGCUGAAGAGCAGAAGCACCGCAAGGACAAGGAGACGUGCCGACCCCCGUGGCCUCGUUCCGACCCUUUCGUGCAGAGCGUCGUUCCCCAGGGCCCUCAAGCCGGGGAGGUGAUCGACCUUGACGUCGACGAGGCACAGGGAACGGCGGCGACGGGAACAGGGACGGAUGUCCCUGCAGCCACGACGGGGACGGCGGCAGCGACAGAGGAGGGAGGGCCUGCCUCCGCGACCGCGGCGGAGGAGGCGGAGGUCCCGGCGGAGGUGCCCGCUCGAGGGGCUCCGGCAGGGGCGGAGGAGCCUGCCUCAGCGGUUGCGGCGGAGGGCGAGGUGGUCGCGGGGAUGCUUGUUCCGCCGCCUGCGUCGGAGGUGGUGGCACCAUUGGGCGGGCCCGCGGCAGCCCUGACGGCGACAGGUGCGCAGGCGCCGGGACCGUCGCUGGAGCGGGGGCUCUUGGAGCACUUCAACUUAGAGAGGGAGCGGACCAGGGAGCUAACCAUGCAGGUUGCUGCCGCCCAGGGGGUCAUCAACGACCUGCAAAGGCGCGAGCAAGCGGCACAGGAGGACGUGCAGCGGUCAAAGGCCAAACUCCAAGCCGUCGUCGAGAAGGCCCGCCUCGACCGCAAGGAACUCCAGGCUGCUGCUGCCGAGAAGAAGACCGUCGAAUGCAUCCGGCACGAGCGGCAAAAGGCCUGGCAGGAGCGGGAUUCCGAGGCGGCCCGGAAGAGCGAGGCUGAGAAGAUGGCGGUCGAGCUUGGCACGGAGGUCGGUCAGCUCCGGGCACAAGUGCAGGGGCCCUAG